AUGCCGCCUUACUCUACUGCUCAGAAGCAAUGUAUAAUGCAAUUCGUGAACCUCACCCAAGCCAAGGAUGCAGUAGCUGCAAAGUUCUUGAAAGCUUCUCGCUGGAAUGUGGAACAAGCUCUUGAUGCAUACUUCCAAAGCUCCUCCGGCGCCGGCGGUAGCACAUCCUCACUGAGCAAAAUCUUCGAUAGUUAUCGAGAUGCCCCAGAAGACAACCCCGACGGGAUCGGCAUCGAAGGAGCGAUGAAAUACCUCGGCGACAUCAAAGUCGGCCUCGACGAAGUAACAUGUCUAGGAAUCGCCGAACUGCUCAAAUCCCCCUCAAUGGGCGAAUUCACCCGCGAAGGCUUCAUCAACGGCUGGAGAAUGACUGGAUCCGACACCAUCGACAAAAUGAUCGCCCACGCCGCGGACAUCCGCGCGCGCAUCCCCAUCCAACCGGACCUCUUCCGGCGGGUGUACCGCUUCACCUUCCCACUCUGCCGCAUGCAAGGCCAGCGGAACCUGCAGUUCGAGAUCGCGGCGGAGCAAUGGCGGCUGUUCUUCACGCCGCAGAAUGGCGGGGUGCAGUGGAACACGGAGUCGACUCCGUGGUUGGAUUGGUGGAUUGAGUUCCUGCAGGAGAGGGGGGGAAGGCCUGUGAAUAAGGAUCUGUGGGAGCAGGUGGAGGUGUUUAUGCGGAAGACGAUGGAGGAUGAGAACUUUGGGUGGUGGAGUGCGGAUGGGGCGUGGCCGGGGGCGUUGGAUGAUUUUGUGGAGUGGGUGCAGAAGAAGAGGGGGGAGGAUAUGGAGGUUGAGUAG